AUUGCAAAAUUUUGGAAUGAAAAUGAGGAUAAUCCUGACAAUCAAGUGGAUACGAAAUUGAAAAAUACAAGACCUGAUCCUGAAAUCCAAUACUUCAUUGUUAAAGAAGGCAUUGCUGAACGGGUAGAGAAAGACGCUGCAAAUACAGACGAUGAUGUAGUUCAAGUCUUCCAAUGUCCCGUAUGUUCAGUACAUUUCAUUAAGGAGCGGCAGUAUCAGUUGCAUAAAUGUACUAAGAUGAAAUUCCAGUGCACGGAAUGCGAUGCCAGUUUUCCGCAUAGCCGGUCUUUAAGUGCGCAUAUGCGAAUGCACAGAGAUAGGAAGACGAAAACGGAAUUGCAGAACUUGCCGGAUGCCAACGGUCCUUUUAUUUGUGAGCAUUGUAACACUCAGUUUGGCACUUACAAAUCCCUGCGAUUGCAUAUCCGUAUGCAUGACCCAGUCAAGAGUAAAGAGAUUGAACCUCCCGUCAAUUACGGCAUCAUGGGUGAGGAUAUCGAGGCGAAAACCAAUACGCGAACCAUGUUCACAUGUAAAAUCUGCAAUAAGGUUUACGACGAAGGGUAUAAAGAUAUUCAUCUGCUUUCGCACAGCACCAAAAAUAAUUACGAUUGUACCAUCUGCAAUCGGAAGUUCUUUACCGAAAGCAAUUUGGAAAUGCAUUUGAGAGUGCACAACACCGAGAAAACGCAGACUUGUACAUACUGCAAAAAGGAGUUUGACGAUGCCGCGUUGUUACAGCAACACGUCAAGCAACAUAUAGAAUCUCGUCCAUACGAGUGUAGCUAUUGCAAUCGCAGGUUCAUAAGGCCACACGAGAAGGUGAAGCAUGAGCGUAUCCAUACAGGCGAGAAGCCGCACAUCUGCGAGCUCUGCGGGAAAGCGUUCAGAGUGAGCUACUGCCUCACACUUCAUAUGCGAACGCAUUCUGGAUCCAGACCUUACCAGUGUCAGGAGUGCGGAAAACGCUUCAAAGCUCACUCGGUCUACAACCAUCAUUUGCUAAUACACUCGAACGUACGAAAAUACAAGUGCCCUUAUUGUCCGAAAGCUUUUAAAACUGCCGUUCAAUUGGCUGGUCACAGGAAUACCCAUACGAAACCAUUCACAUGUACCGAAUGCAACCGACCAUUCGCGUCUCUAUAUGCCGUUAGGUCACAUAUGGAGACACACAAGCAAGAUAACAAUUUGAAAUACAAUUGUUAUGCAUGCGGAGCAAGUUAUGCAAGGGCAUUCGCCCUUCGAGAUCACAUUAAGUCCCAUCACGAGGACCAAUGGGAUAAAGACUACGAUCCGAUGCUGGAAAGUAGCAGCGCAGCGACUAGUAUUCUGCAGGACGAAGAUGGAAAUGAGAUCGAGAACGUUUUCAUCGUGGAUUCUAAUACUAUUGUAGAUAUUCCCCAACAAGAUGUAAUUAUUGAACAAAAUUAAACAAAAACGUAGUUUACAAUGAC